AUUGCUCUAAUAGCCUGUGAGGGAGGGAAGGAGGGAGAAAGAAACAUUUGCCAGCCAGGCCAGUGGCAGAAAUGGAUUCGAAACAUCGGUGUAUGAAGCUGAAUGAUGGUCACUUCAUGCCUGUCCUGGGAUUUGGCACCUAUGCACCUGCUGAGGUUCCUAAAAAUAAAGCUGUAGAGGCCACCAAAUGGGCAAUAGAAGCUGGGUUCCGCCACAUCGAUUCUGCACAUUGUUACAGUAAUGAAGAGCAUGUUGGACUGGCCAUUCGAAACAAGAUUGCAGAUGGCAGUGUGAAGAGAGAUGACAUAUUCUACACUUCAAAGCUCUGGUGCACUUCCCAUCGACCCGAGUUGGUCCGACCAGCCUUAGAAAGGUCACUGAGAAAUCUUCAACUGGACUAUGUUGACCUCUAUCUUAUUCAUUUUCCAGUGUCUCUAAAGCCAGGGGAGGAGCUGAUCCCAAAAGAUGAAAAUGGAAAAAUACUAUUUGACACAGUGGAUCUCUGUGCCACGUGGGAGGCCAUGGAGAAGUGUAAGGACGCAGGAUUGGCCAAGUCCAUCGGGGUGUCCAACUUCAACCACAGGCAGCUGGAGAUGAUCCUCAACAAGCCGGGGCUCAAGUACAAGCCCGUCUGCAACCAGGUGGAAUGUCAUCCUUACCUCAACCAGAGCAAACUGCUGGAUUUCUGCAAGUCAAAAGACAUUGUUCUGGUUGCCUAUAGUGCUCUGGGGUCCCAUCGAGAAAAAACAUGGGUGGAUCCGAACUCCCCGGUUCUCUUGGAGGACCCAGUUCUUUGUGCCUUGGCAAAAAAGCACAAGCGAACCCCAGCCCUGAUUGCCCUGCGCUACCAGCUGCAGCGUGGGGUUGUGGUCCUGGCCAAGAGCUACAAUGAGCAGCGGAUCAGAGAGAACGUGCAGGUGUUUGAAUUCCAAUUGACUUCAGAGGACAUGAAAACCAUAGACGGCCUAAACAAAAAUAUUCGAUAUUUGACCCUUCAUGUUCUUGCUGACCACCCUAAUUAUCCAUUCUCUGAUGAAUAUUAACAUAGAGGGUGUUUUAUGAGGUCUACCAGAAGCCCUACGUGUGGAUGGUGACACAGAUGACGUCUCUAUGCUGGUGACUGGACACAUUGCCUCUGGUUCAAUCCCUCCUGCUUGGCAACUUCAGCAAGCCACAGCAAAGCCCAAUGACCGGAAAAGAAACAAAAUAAAUUUGAUUUUUCAUUUUGAAAAAGUUAAAUGCUUUCUCCUAAAGAUUCUUCAC